AUGAGCAUUAACGACAUUAACGUUUUUCCUUGCAAUGCGGAAUUGGUGGAUGAGUUGUUUCCAGGAGUCGAGUACGGCAAAGGGUUGAAUACUUCAAUAGGUCUCGCGCCUUCUCGUAUGGAACUUCCAUCCGAGGAGGUGCAGGAUCUAUUGGAAUAUUCUUCCCUUCCUGCUUGGUCUCCUGGAGACCUCUCUGAAACCAGUUCAAUGCGCGAUGAAUCAAUUUUUGAUUUUUUUAACCCCUCUUUGUCACCUGUGCCAGAGUCAAACUCCUUGGCAAUUAACAACAUUGACGAUACUGCAAAAAACAUCCCGGAAGAAUCCGAAGAGCCGGCAGCAACAUCAACCUCCAUCGGAAACAAAAGAAGAGCGAUUUCGUCUUUGGGUACACCGGAAAACAAAAAGCAAAAAACAGCAACUGGUUUCGAAUGCCCUGUUUGUCAGCAUGUGUUAUCCAAAAAAUACAAUUUGGAUACACACUUAAAGACACAUGACACAAACAGAGGCAAAGACCAUCAUUGCACAGAUUGUAAUAUGUCUUUCAACCGCAGCGCACACUUAAAAAGACAUAAACAAACAGUGCAUGAACAAUUAAAGGAACAUAGCUGCAAUCAAUGCCAGUCAAAGUACACACGGGUAGACAACCUAAGAAAACACAUUGCAAAAAAGCACAUGAAUAAUUAG